UGUAAAGAUAUUGGUUGAAGACCACUCUUCUUGAUACACAACUUUCUGAGGCUCUUAAAACGAGGCACAAGUCAUUCAAGAAGGCUUUUUCUACCAUUAAGUUGCUUUCAUUGCUCAUUCAAGUCCCAUCAUUCUUACACCAACAUUAGAGCAUUUUCAAGUUCUUGUUAAACCCUUUAUGUAGAUAGAUAUUCUGCCUUUGUUCAUUAGUCCAAAGUCCAAACCCUACUUUUCUGAACUUCAAUUUUUUGCAGCAACUUCUCUUUGUCUAGUGAUAAAAUGGUUUACAUUCUCAGAUGCCACAACAAUGGGAAUUUAAUCAUUUUCUUCAUCUUUUUCUCGGUUUCCAGCUUACCCCAUCUCAAUUUCAUGGCUCAAGGUAGAGUGAUGCACAACCAUAUUGAUAUCAAUGUUGGUCAGACUGAAGUUCUGGUGAUGAGGAAUUUGAUAGGGUCAAGGCCCCCGAGAUGCGAGAGGAAAUGCACAAAUUGCGGGCAUUGCAGAGCAGUUCAAGUCCCGGUUGCGCCAUUACAGAAAAAAGGUGAGCAAGAAACAAUCGGCAAAUUAAGCCACCACAUUUAUGCUUCUGCUGCUUAUUAUUCCAGAGGGAACGAUAUAUCGAAUUACAAGCCCAUGUGUUGGAAAUGUCAAUGCGGAGAUUCGUUCUACAACCCGUAACUCCAUGUAACAUUUAUCGAAAAUUUUGAUCUUGUGGGAGGAGAAAAUAAGAGACUCUUCAACUGUUUAUAUCUCAAAUGUGUUUAUAUGACUGGAUUUGCAGUUGUGUGUUUCUCCUCAUGUUUGUAAAUUUUUCGGCAUUUUUAUCGUUUCGAGAUUCCUGUAAUGCAAGUUUUGUUCAUAGCA